UUCAGUUGUAAAUUUUACAGACUUGUUCGUUUGGGAUGUAAACAGGUGCACAUUGAGAUGCUGAUAUAACUUGUUUGGUUGUUUAGGCUGUAAAAUAUACCGGAGCGACUUUAAAUGUAAAUAUAACAGACUUGGUUGUUUGGGAUGUAAACGUUAUAGGUGCGACGUUAAAUAUAGAUAUUCCAGACUUGGAUGUUUGGCACGUAAACAUAACAGGUGCGAUUUGAAAUUUGUAGACUGCAUGUAAAUGGCAAGCCUAGAAGAUUCUAUGCUCUCAAGUGACGAUGCUGGUUGUUCUCUGAACAAAGACGAAGAGGUGUUUAUAAAACAUAUUCGGGAAUAUGACAAUUUUCGGUCCUUUAUUGACAAUGAUGAAUUGAAAGCGGAAAAAGAGACAGACUCUUUACGUCGUCUUAACAGAUACAUCAAAAAUCACUUUAAAGAAUGGAAAGACAAAGAACUGGUUGUUGGAGUAACUGGACGCACUGGCUCAGGAAAGUCUAGUCUAACCAAUAAACUGAGAGGAAUAAACUCAAAGGUAAAGGGCGCAGCUGCUGUAGGAGUCAUUGAAACUACAAGAGACAUUACAUCAUACAAGUACCCGGGAAACGAUUAUAUAAUUCUCAGAGAUUUCCCAGGAUUUGGGACAACAAGUUAUCCAAAAGAAGAGUAUUUACAGAAAACCAAAAUUCUGGAUUCAAGCGUGGUGAUCAUUGUUAGCUGCGUGCGAUUCUCUGAAGAUGAUGUGUGGAUAGCUCAGGAGGCAAUUGCCCUUCAACGAAAUGUUAUUUUCGUUCGUUCAAAAAUCGAUCAGGAUAUAGAUAACGCAGAAGAAGAAGAUCUAGACUUCAGCGAAAAUACAUGCAUGGCAAAGAUCAAAGCAGAAAUUAAAAUCAAUUUGAAAUGUUCUGAUCUAGAUCCACAACUUUAUGAUAUUUUUCUAGUAAGUUCUAGACUGAACAAGAAAUAUGACAUCCUUUCCCUGCAUGAAAAGAUCAAGGCUCUUCCAAUCAUGAAAGCUGAAACCAUAUGUCAUUUUUUGUUUGAACACAUGAAGAAAGCCAUAGCAGAUAAAACAGAGACUAUCAAAACAGAAUUCUUAGGAAGAAAGGUUGCGUCAGUAUUUACAGGAUUUUUACCAAUUCCAAAACUCGAAUCGACGACUGACACGUACCAUGUUAAGAAAAUAUUCGAGGAAUGUGAAGUGAAAUACUGUGUUGAUAGAGACUCUAUCUCUGAAUUUGCUAGAGAAAUAAACAUGUCGGAGCGUGAAAUUGAAAUUGAAAUUGAAAGUCGAAUGAAAUCACGUGAUGAUAGAGUGAGAGAUGAAUAUCAAUUAUAUACAGAAACGGAAGACAAAAAAUGGGCUUUUGUGCAGAAAUAUUCCAAGUAUACGUUUCCAGUCCUCGGCAUGCUUUACUCCGCCUACAAGUCUCCUCGUACGAUACAAGAAUGUCUAGACAAGAUUUGCGAUGCAAUGGCCGAAGACGAAUUGAUGUUGGUUAAACUAAGAUUAAGAAAACUUGAGAAAGAUCUAAAAAGUUAAAACACAAGACAAGACUUGCAAUGGCAAUUCAAGUUCAUGAUGAACAUAAAUCUAGAUAACUUGAAAAAUAUUUCUCAGUGUCUAUUACCGCAUGACCAAGGGUGUGUUGUGCUUGUUAAAAGUUCAUUGUAAACUAAAAAAAACUUGAUUUUGACUGGCUGACUAAAAUAUAUUUUAUACAAUUAUUACAUAGCAUGCGUAAAGCAUUUUAAACUAGGUUUGUGACCAUCAUUUGUCGGCAAUCGUAUUCGUAAAACGUAUCACUAAGGAUAUAUGUCAUAUACGGAACGUCAAGUUAGGUAACUCAAGUCUUUCUCCAGGAACUGACAUAGCUUGAUAAUCGAUGUGUAUAUGAGAUAAAACGGACACAAAGUAUUAGACCGUUAAGGAUUAUGUGGUAAACGUGAUAUAACUGUUUUACUGGGUUGUCGUUCGACACUGAAACAACUCUGUAGCAAAUGAUUUAUGUAUGCCAAAAAUGUAUUAACGUGAGUUAACUGUUGUUGAUCUGUGUAACUAUGAGUAUAUUUGUUAUUGAUAAUGGAUAGAGUAUAUCUAAGUUUGCUCUUUGUUCAUUCAAAAUAAUUACAAUGCUUCAGAAUAAACCUAUCCUAAGUUCACUAUGCAAAGAGUGGUUUUCUAUGGAAUCAACUUUUUAUUUACACUAAUCUGUGUUACGUGUCAUCAAAGGACAAAUUAGCGUUUCAUACUCGAAAUGAAAAAACACACAAAAAACCACAACAAAAUAACGUUGCUACUUGAAAUGUGUAUUUACAUGGGACAUGGCGUGUUAGUAUUAUAACAUCUUAGUAUACUUUAGUUUUAAUUUAAAAAUGUAAUAUAAUUUGUCGUUAUAAAUAAUUACUGUGGUUUUUGGUUUAAACUGUUUACGAUAUUGGUAUGUGUAAGACCGCCACAACGUCAUGAAAUUGAAAUGUUGAAGAAUAUGGUAUUUGAAUGAAUAGUUAAUACACCGUUCACAAUACAAUACAAUAUGAGUCAGAUAAGAUUAUUCCACUAGCUUAUUAUCUAAGAUCAUAUCAGAAAUUUAUAUAACUCAUUCUAUGUAUCGUAAAAUGUGUAAUUGUGUUAAAAGUGUGUGACAUAAAUAAUGUAUGAGUGUAGGUCAAU